GAAACUAUGACGGGAUUGAAGAGGUUUAUUCUAUAUGGCGGUAUAAUUAGCCUGGCUUAUAUACUCAGUUUGUUUAAAUAUGUUAAGAUUCCUCUUGUAAAUCAAGAAUACGCUGAUAUUACGCUCCCAUUCUUCCCGUAUUGGGCAUUAAUCACAUUUGGUAGCUACUCACUCGCAAGUAUUGGUUUUGGCUUGUUCACCUUCAAAGACUGUCCAGAAGCAUACAAUGAACUGCUUAGCGAAAUUACUCAAGCAAAGGAUGAACUACGUGCUAGAGGCGUAGAUGUAGAUUAAACAUGCUUAGAAUACAAUUGAUACCAUACAAAAAAUAGGAAAGAUAUGCACUAUGAUGAUUUCCUCCUUAGAUGUCUCCCAUUAUCUUUGUUCGCUUCAGCAGCCGCC